AGCCCCACCCACUGAUCAGUGGCCCCACCUCUGCUUGAAGUUGUCUGACUGACGUCUGUGCUACGUAGUCACCGUAAUAUGUCCAAUAAAGACACAAACGACAAAAGAAAGGUGCUUUAAAAAACGACGACGUUGUGGGACACAUCCAACGAAGACUGCAGACGCCAAACGGGUGUAAUUGACAGAGGAGACCACAAUGAGGACUCUCUCCUGGUGGGGUCUCUUGCCCCCCUUCUUCACUCUCUCCACCACCGCCUCGGGACUUUGGCUGGUAUACUAUGUCGCCGUCCAGGAGAGAAGGAUCCUACUGCUGACUAGUAAUCACUGGGUUUGGUUGCCGUUGCAGAUGUUCACCGCAGAGGGCGUCCACAUCCUUGGCACCGCCAUGACGUUCGGCCUGGGCGGCGUGUACUGCUGGCUGCAGUCCUACAUCACGCUCAGGGCCAACCUCAAUGGCGAGGGUGAGAAGGUUGGCGCCAUGCGCUUCCUGCUGUCUGCAUGCAUCACCGUCUGCAUGAUCCUGUGUAUCCUUCAGCUGCUUCACUUCUUUUUACACUUGUACCUUUUUUUACAUGCACACCAGUGGACGCUGGUCAUGCUCUUCCUCGUCUUCAUCGGCACGUUUGCUGUGGAAUUCCGUCACACGCGUUUUUAUCUGCUCUGCACAAAAACCCCUGGCUCCCCUGCGGCGUUGAGGCAUCAGCACGACCGACUCAUCCAACGACAGGAAACAUUGUGA